AUGUGGUGUAUCGAAGGGCAACGAACAGCGUCGCGACGUGCCGAAGCCUGCGGUAGAGAUGCGGAAGCUUCGGGACGCGUGGAAGCUUCUGAGCUCGAAGCUAAUCGAGGCUUGUGCAACAAAAUCAGCGAAGUGCGCGCGGGCUACGCAAGCUCUUCGACGCCUCUCGAAGCGGUCAGCUUGGCGGUGUUGGUGACGGCAGCGACGACGAGUCGCGACAGAGAGGGCUUUGAAAGCUCAUCGACGCUUCUCGAAGCUUACCUCACCGAGGUGGGCGUGGGCCUGCAAGCUCCUCGACGAUACGUGCAAACUUACCGAGAUGAUCGCGGGCCUUGCAAGCUCCUCGACGCUUCUCGAUGCUUCUCGAAGAUAGUGAAACUAACCCAGGUACACGCACAGGCUACGCAGCAGCUUGGCUGUGUUGGCGACAGCAGCGGCAGGGGCAAGAUUGGGCCUUGCAAGCUCCUCGCCGCUUCUCGAAGC